UGUCUGUCUGUCCACCUAUCCAACCAUCCGUCUGUCCGUCCAUCCAUCCAUUGCUCCAUCUGUCCAUCUGUCUGUCUGUCCAUCCAUCCAUCCAUCCAUCCAUCUAACCAUCCAUCAUUCCAUCUGUUCAUCUGUCUGUCUCUCUGUUCACUUAUCCAACCGUCCGUCCAUCCAUCUCUCCAUCUGUUCACCUGUUGGUCUGUCUGUCCACCUAUCCAACCAUUUGUCCAUCCAUCCAUCUAACCAUCCAUCGCUCCAUCUGUUCAUCUGUCUGUCCAUCCAUCCAUCCAUCGAUCUACUGUUCCAUCUAUCUAUCUAUCUAUCCAUCCAUCCAUCCAUCCAUCGCUCCAUCCAUUUAUCUGUCUGUCCACCUAUCCAUCUAUCUGUCUGUCCAUCCAUCCAACCAUCCAUCUAUCUAUCUACUGAUCCAUCUAUUUCUCUAUCUAUUCAUCUAUCGAUCGAUCGAUCUAUCUAUCUAUUUAUUUAUCCAUCCAUCCAUCCAUCCAUCUAUCUAUCCAUCCAUCCAUCGCUCCAUCCAUUCAUCUGUCUGUCCACCUAUCCAUCUAUCUGUCUAUCCAUCCAUCCAACCAUCCAUCUAUCUAUCUACUGAUCCAUCUAUUUCUCUAUCUAUUCAUCUAUCGAUCGAUCGAUCUAUCUAUCUAUUUAUUUAUCCAUCCAUCCAUCCAUCCAUCUAUCUAUCCAUCCAUCCAUCGCUCCAUCCGUUCAUCUGUCUGUCCACCUAUCCAUCUAUCUGUCUAUCCAUCCAUCCAACCAUCCAUCUAUCUAUCUACUGAUCCAUCUAUUUCUCUAUCUAUUCAUCUAUCGAUCGAUCGAUCUAUCUAUUUAUUUAUCCAUCCAUCCAUCCAUCCAUCCAUCCAUCCAUGUACUUGUCUCUUUAUUGCCUUAUCCCAGAGCCCAGGGGUCUCCUUGGCGGUGCCAUUGUGACAUCAGGGGAGGCCUGGUGGUCAGCCUUGGAGGCCGGAAGGAGGGAGGGAGGGGAGGCCAUGAGCGGCACGGGGGGUCCGGCCGCGGAGGGGGAGGCCCCGGCGGGGUCGGCCCCCGCGCUCUGCAUCCCGGGCCCCGGGGACAAGGUGGCCCACGACUUCCAGAUCCUGGUGCAGAAGGUGGGGGGCCGCCCGGAGGUGCUUCUGAUUGGGGAGGCGCUGGGGGGCCAGGACAUCCACGGGGCCAUGUCGUCCUUCGUGGAGGACCUCUUCGCCGCCCAGUGCCAGCCGGUCCACCCGGGGGAGGCCUUCCUGGAGGGGGCCUGCGCCCCCUGUGACAUCGCCGGCCGACGCUGCCAGCUCAUCUUCUUCCUCUGCCGGGCCGAGUGCCUCAAGCGGAAGCAGGCCGAGCUGCGAAAGGUCCUCCAGCAGGUGAAGGAGUUUGUCCGGCGGUCCCCGUGCGCCCUGGUGGGGGUCAUCCUGGAGCCCACCAAGGGAGAGGCCCUGACCGCCCGGGCCCAGCUGCUCCAGCUCCUCCGGGGGGUCUUCCCCAAGUCCCCCAAAGGGACCCGCAAGGCCCAGGAAGCGGGGGGCGAGGAGCUGGAGGACAUCGAGGUGGAGGCGGAGAUCUACAUCCCCGGGCAGCCGAGGGGCAAGCUGGCCAUCAUGAAGGCCGCCUGCCGGGCCUCCGACGCCCUGGACAAAGGUCUACAGGAGACGGCGGCGAAGGAGGCGGGGGUCCCCUCUAAGGGUCCGCUGCUCGCCCUUGCAGGUUCCCCCCGGGCCCGGAGGGUCCUCAAGGGGCUGCUGGGCCUGGCGCUCCUGGCCGGACUCUCCGCCGCGGCCUGGUGGCUCCUCUGCAGCGGAGGGUGCACCCCACUCGACAAGGUGAACGAAUUCCUGCAGGCCUUCCAGUCCUAACGCCGGCGGUGUUUCCCGUGUCCUGCCUCCUAAUAAAGAGCCCACGUUGUGCUUGGAAAUCUA